AUGAGGGAAGAAAAGAAAGGCAUGAAAAAAAAUAUUGAUGAUGAUGAUGAUGGUGAUGACACAGAAGUAAAGAAGAUGCUCCUGUCGAAUGGGUAUCAGAUAAGAGUUGUUUACCAGGGGUGCCGAGAGCGAGGAAUUUGCAAAAAGGAGGAACGGAAAAAGAUGGACAACGAAGCUGGAACCUAG